AUGAAGGUCGCGGUAUUUGCACUCCUCGCCGCUUCUGCGCCGCUUGCUCAGGCACAUUACAUCUUCAAUCGAUUGAUCGUAAAUGGAGCCUCCAUUGGUGGAGAGUACGCGUACACGCGAAAGAACUCUAACUCCUACAACCCGGCCUUCACCGACGAGCUCAUGAACUCCAAUGACCUCCGCUGCAACAAGGGCGCGACGGCUGGAAACACCGCCACGUACACUGUCAAAGCCGGUGACAAGAUCGGGUUCAAGCUGUUUAACAACGAGUUCAUCGAGCAUCCCGGCCCCGGCUUCGUCUACAUCAGCAAGGCACCUGCUUCCGGUGUCAAGGGCUACGAUGGUAGUGGUGAUUGGAUCAAAGUGUACGAGACCGCUCUAUGCGGCAGCAACCCCGGCACGGACAACAACUGGUGCUCCUGGCAGAAGGACCGGUUGGAAUGGACGAUCCAGAGCAAGAUCCCGCCGGGCGAGUACCUUGUACGCGUGGAGCACAUUGGUCUCCAUGAGGCCCACGUGGGCAAGGCCCAGUUCUACAUCGAGUGCUUCCAGCUCAAGAUCGAAGGUUCAGGAGGAGGCACGCUUGGGCCAGUGGCCAAGAUCCCUGGAAUCUACACCAAGAACGACCCUGGAAUCGCAUUCAACAAAUGGAACAACCCCAAGUCCUAUGUCGUUCCAGGACCCAAGGUGUGGAAUGGAAAUUGAUAUUAGAGUAAGCAUACCAGCGCUGUCGUUCGAGGAUACUCAGCAGCGAAAGUAGGGCCAGGUGUGGCUUGAGG